UCGUCGGUGAGGCCCUGCCUUUGGCGCGCUCGCGAAAAGCUUACAUCGUCGCACCAUGCGUAGGUUAGAUAUGAACAUUGGAGAGUGCCUACGCAACCAUGCGUAGGUUAGCAAAUAUACCCCUUCCUAUUCGGUGUGCUUCCUCUCCUCCCUCAUCUUCCUCUUCAGAAACAACGGCUGCCUCAGAUGGCGCUGCUGCCAUUUCCUCAGUCGGACGUACGUCCCCAUUUUCGUAACCCUAACCCUAACCCUAGCUCUUCUUUCAUACUGAGCCGAAAAUCUCUCUCUCCGAAGAUCCUGUACAGAAACGAUCGGAGGAAUUUCAGAGUCUAUGCAAUCGCUUCCCGCAUCUCUAACCCUUCUGGAGCUUCCCCUACCCGUACGGAAACCCUAAGGCCCUAUCCGGCAUUGCUUCAGCUGGCCGCAUCUGCAAUAUUCUUCGUCAGCCUCGGCGCCCGGGCCUGCACGUCAGGCCCCGCUCCGAUUCCCUCUGUUCAGGUUGCCACGUGUCAGCUCGUCCAGGAGAGUGUACGAGAAAGCGCCGAUUGCGGAGUCCGUUCCACAGAGCCAGAGUCAGGGAAUCAGGUUGUGGAAAAUUCUGAUGUUGCUGAAACAGUAGAAGAUAAGGAACUGAAAGCUGCAUUCGAGAGAUGGAAAUCUAAGACAUAUGCCUUGACCGUCCCUCUAAGAAUCGUUGCUCUUCGGGGCUCCAUCCCACCUUCAUGGAUUAAGGAGUUUGUUCAAGUACAAGGAAAGAGAUUGAAGUUACAAUCAGAGCUCCGAGGAAGUCUUGAGCACAUUUUCUCCGAUUUGGCUUUGGCCUUUAAGAAAGGACGUGUUGAGCCUAAAUCUACUAUGGCAGCUGAUAUUGUGACUAUUGGUGACUCUUGGCUCCAUUUGGCCAUUAGCAAGGGCAUAAUUGAACCUAUACAUGAUGUGGAAGGACAAAAUUGGUUCAAGUCUUUAGAUGACAAAUGGAAGGCUUAUUUACGCAGAAACAGUAAGGGAGAACUGGAUUCUGAUGGAAAAAUAUGGGGGGCUCCUUAUCGUUGGGGGAGCAUGGUGAUAGCAUACAAGAAAAACAAGUUUCGAAAGCAUAACCUGGCUCCAAUUGAGGACUGGAGGGAUUUGUGGAGGCCUGAGCUUGCUGGGAGGAUCUCGAUGGUUGAUGCUCCCAGGGAAGUUGUUGGUGCGGUUUUGAAGUAUAUGGGGGCCUCAUACAACACAAAGGACAUUGAGUCACAAGUUGGUGGUGGAAGGAAUGCUACCAUGCAGAACUUGGCAAUGCUUCAAAGACAGGUUCGACUAUUUGACAGUGUGCACUACCUAAAGGCAUUUGGAGUAGGAGAUGUGUGGGUUGCUGUUGGAUGGAGCAGUGAUGUUCUGCCGGCUGCCAAGCGCAUUUCAAACGUGGCAGUAAUUGUUCCAAAGUCUGGAACCAGUUUGUGGGCAGAUCUAUGGGCAAUACCGGCUGCCACCAAGUUCACAACCAAUCAAAUUGGUGGGCGUGUCAGAAGCCCUUCACCACUCAUCCACCAGUGGAUCGAAUUCUGUUUGCAAGCAGCAAGAGCGCUACCUUUCCGGCAGGAAGUAAUCCCGGGGGCAUCUCCCUUGUCUCUUGAAGACAUUCCAGUCAAAGAAGGGUCACUAGAGUUCAGUAAGGUGAGACCGAAACUGGACACAAAUCUCGUUGCAGGAGUGCCACCACCUGAAAUUUUAGCAAAAUGUGAGUUCCUGGAGCCGUUAUCGGAGGCAACAUUGAUGGAUUACCAGUGGUUGAUCGCUGGCAUGCAGAAACAGGGUCGAGGUUGGAUUGAAAGCAUGUUGCAUGGCAUCUCAUCAAAGACAUUCCAAUUUAAGUUGGGGACACAGAAACCUUAAGGACAUCUGGGAAGCAUGUUGGGUUUUAGAAAACUUACGUUUGAUGAGAACUUCACUGUUAUGGAUGUAAUUCUUUCUGUCAAGUGAAGAAAAUUUUAAAAUACUAUAAUUCUUUCUUCGCCA